CAGAGCUGCAGAGAGGGGCUGCACAGGAGGGCAAAAGCGCUGCAGUCUCGCCAACUAGUGCGAGCUGAGCGCUGCCGCUUCGCGUACGUGCAGUACUCGCGCUGCAUGCGCGGGUUACUGUUUGCAACAAUUCUGCUGCGACGCGCGAACGGUUUGCUGCAACAGACUCUGAGACCAGUGCUGCUGCAGAGCAGGCAGCCGACGCGACGACUACGACCAGCGGUGCUCAGCAGGUAAGGACGCCUCCCCCGAAGAAGCAACAACACACACAAAGCAAAGCAACCGCAGUGAAGAACGUUUCUCUCUCACGCCCCGGAGUCGCAUCCGGAGCACCAAAGCUGGGGAAAUUAACCUCCUACUCAAUCUCGAGCGGUCCCACACACGCGACGCAACGCCGACGCGCGACUUUACGCCGCAAAACCCUCACUUACAUAGGCUCGCGAUGACGACCGGAACCCCAGAACAGGCCACCGCGAAAGAACUAAAAAAACAACUGCGACGGUUGAAGCACGUCGGCAACGGUUCCUCAUCAGAAGCGGCUGCAUUGGAAGAGCGGUUACGGGCGAGAGAAACCUGGGAGAAGGAUGUGGCACAGGUCAAGGGUUCCAUUACCGAGAAGUCAAAACUCUUACCAAAUGCCGAUGUGUCAAAGGAGAUCGCUGAAUUGCAAUCUAGAUAUAAGGCACUCACAGGCGAAAGUGAAGACUACAAGGCCGGCAAGAAGCGCAAGGCGCCGAGCCAAGAAGUCGUCGACCCGAUGCAAGCGCCGCCUGACGCUUCGACCUUCGAACCGUGGGCGCCUCGAAGCCACUUCCGCUUCGAGGUCUUACAUGAAUCCAAAAAACCAGGAUCGAGGGCAAGGGUGGGCCGCAUCCACACCCCUCAUGGAGUGAUUGACACGCCGUGCUUCGUUCCCGUCGGGACGAACGGAGCGCUCAAGGCGGUGAGCUCGGAACAAGCGAAUGAUGCGGACGUGCAGCUCAUGUUCUGCAACACGUAUCACUUGUUGGUGCAUCCCGGGACCGAGGUUGUAUCAAGUGCGGGCGGUCUGCACAAAUUUAUGCGACGGGAUCGACCUCUGAUUACCGAUUCAGGCGGGUUCCAGGUUUUUUCGUUAGCUGAUGCGGAUAGUGACGACGACGGCCCCGAGCUGAAACAGAAGAGGGUAAGGAGGAAGAAAGAUGCUCAAGAGACGCAGCACGGCAAAUUGUGUAGUGUGACGGAGCAAGGCGUGGUCUUCAAAUCUUAUAGGGACGGUGCGGUUAUUGAACUGACGCCAGAAAGCAGCGUGCAAGCGCAAAAAAAGUUCGGCGCGGACAUUAUCAUACCUCUAGACGAACUGCCGCCGUACCACGUCACGCGGGAUCGCCUGGAGAAGUCCGUCCAACUAAGUCAUAGAUGGAUGGCUCGUAGUCUGCGAGAGCAUUUGUCGAAUGUGAAUGACCAGGCCAUGUACGCCGUCGUGCAUGGUGGUGUGGAUAGGGAGUUGCGGACGAGAUCCGUAGAAUACCUGUCCUCACUACCUUUCGACGGCAUGGCGGUUGGUGGCUCGCUGGGGAAAGAUCGCCAGGAGAUGCUGGACAUGUUAUCUUGGUUGAUGCCUUUGUUGCCACGCAACAAGCCGAACCACCUACUGGGCAUCGCGGACCCCGAGUCCUGCGCUUCGGUCGUACCGCUGGGCGUCGACACGAUGGACUCGUGCAAUCCCACGCGCGUCGCGAGGCACGGCACUCUAUUGACGACGCAGGGUGACGUGCGCAUUUCCGCCACAAAGUACCAGAACGACCACACGCCGAUCGACCCGCACAUGGAGUCGAUCCCCUACACGCGCGCGUACCUGCACCACCUCUUCAAGCAGAACGAGCCCCUCGCGCUGACGCUCGCGUCGCUGCACAACAUCUACUACAUGAACCAUCUGAUGCGGGAGCUCCGGGGGCGGAUCCUGCGGGACGAGAUUUAAAGUUUACUGACUCUUA